GGGGUCCUCGCUCCGCCGCCGCAACCGGGCCAGACCACACCAGACCACCGCCAACGCAGGGUGACAAGAGCUUGUCCAUUGACCCUACGAUGACUUCACGAGGCCUGCUUGUCGUCCUGAGCCUGGUGGUGGCCAUGGCAUACGCUGGGGAGCUCAAGGUGGAGAAGUUGAAGGAGGAGACGUGUGACAGGCGGUCCAGUAACGGGGAUAUGUUGACCAUGCACUACACGGGAACACUCCUGGAAGACGGCAAGAAAUUCGAUUCCAGCUUGGAUCGUGACAAGCCAUUCACGGUUCAGAUUGGUGUGGGUCAGGUCAUCAAGGGCUGGGACCAGGGCCUCCUAGACUUGUGCCCCGGGGAUAAGGUGAAGCUGACCAUCCCGCCUGAGAUGGCCUAUGGAGAGCACGGUGCUGGAGACGUCAUCCCUCCCAAUGCCUGGCUGGUGUUCGAGGUUGACCUCAUCUCUGUUAGUGAUGCCCCUCCUGCAGUGAACAUCUUCAAGCAGAUUGAUGGCGACGAUGAUGACCACCUGUCCAAAGAAGAGGUGCUAGACUACAUCAAGACCCAGCUGCCAGCCGAGGAGCUGGAGAAUGGACAGGACCCACACAAGAUCACUGAGGAGAUCUUCCACCAUGAGGACAAGGACCGUGAUGGCUACAUCUCCCACGAGGAGUUCUCCGGGCCCAAGCACGAUGAGCUCUGAGGUGCCUCCCAUGUGAUCCUCUUCCCACACUACCACCCACUCUUAUCUGUGGUACCUGAAGAGUUUUUUUAAUGUGUAAUAUUUUACCUAUUUAAUGUUUUUAUCUUUUUACAGAGAUUAUAUAUUUUAUUCUUUUAAUGGUUUUGGAGCUCUAAGUAGCCACUCAAUUUUCCUUUUAUCUUUGCACAAAAGCUUUCUUGCUCAUGCACAACUGAUAGAGUUAGCACUCUUGAUUAGCAAGUUCUUAGGUUUUAUAGGUAUAUGUGUUGGUGUAUUAAGUAUAGCCAUACUUAAUUAUUGUUACUGAAUUUUUACUAUCUCAAGCUAUCAUUGUACUGUUAUGUAAAAGAAAUGGAGCAGAGAUGACCCCAACAACUUUAGGAGGAGAAUUUUCUUCUCUUGGCUUGUCUUUGUUCAGGGUUACCACAGCAGACUUGAUCUGCAUGGUGAUAUGGAAAAGAUUUUCUGCAGGAUGUCCUUCCUGAUGCAUUCUUCCCAUUUACCUGGGACUGGCACCAGCUCUGAGUUUCACUGCCUUGUGUCCUCAGUGCUGGGAACUAUGUAUGUAUAUAUAAGAGGAUAAGUUUACUCAUUGUGUGGGCUAAAUUGCAUGACAGGAUCUGAGUGACAGAUUGGUGAUAACAGAGAAAACUAAGUAUGGAACAAGGGACAUAAGUGUAGAAGAUGUGUGGGUCUGAUUUUUACUGUGAAAACAGUAGUGGAGAAGCAUCUGGAGAAAGAUAUAAUGUUGUUUGAUGCUUUCAUGGACUUCAAGGAGACAUAUGAUGGGGUUGAGAGAAAGAUCCCACAAGAGGUGUAGGUGGAGAUCUGUCUGAUGACAAUCUGUCUGUGCAGACACUGGCAUGAGGAUGAAUUAAGGAAAAGGCCCUGGAUUCUUGUGCAAGCAUGACAGAGAUGUGUGAUAUCACCAUAGUUGUUCAUUACUGCAUGGGCAGAUAUUUGAAGGAGAAAAUGAGAUAAAGGCCAUAGUAGGAGAUUUGGGUGCUAAGUUGAGGUUGAGUAUUGUGCAACAUUAGCUAUUAGUGAGAUUAUUAAUAUGUUGCAGCAUGUGGUGAAUAUAUCUGAUAUCAUGUGUAUAGGGGGAAGUUGAUGGUAAAUACCGGUAAAAGCAAGAUGGUUGCUGUCUCUAAGAAUGAGUGAGUCCAAAAAAGUGAAAUAUGAAGUAAAGGAGUUUCCGUGCUUAGGAAUAAGGGUAUGGCAGGCUAGAUAAGACCUGUGAAAGCCAGACAUAUUGUAAGGACAGUCAAGAGAAUGAUGAAUGGGAUUAUGGGAAGAAAGAAGGGUAUAGAUUGGAAUAUUAUCCUUCCUAGAGGCUUGAGAGUGAGAUGUCAGCAAUGCUGGCAAGAAUGUUGCCUGAUAUAUUGACAGAAAGAGUGUGGGUGAUAAGGCAUAUGUUGACUUGAGUCCAGUAACUUUAUAGCUCCCCAGAUCAUAGCCUUAUUAAUCUUUGUGACCCUUUUCAUUAGACUCAAGGCCAGCAACUUGUCCACAUGUACCUCCCCAGGUCACAACUUUGUGAUCCUUUACAUGACUUGUGAGUCGUAUCCUUUUUGUAAUUAUAUGUACGUAUGUAUUAUCAUAUUGUAUGUAUAAUUUAUAUUGUUAAACAUCCAGAUAACCACAACUACCAUUAUCAUCAUCAUCAUCAUCAUCAUCAUCAUCACUUAGAAGUCUUCCUCCUGCACAAGCCUAUAUCUUUUGGGCUUUUUUUUUACUCAGAAGUUAAAAAACAAGCAAACAGAACUUUACUGUGUUCAGAGCUCAAAUUCUUUUCACUUAAUCACUCUCCACCAUCCACACAACCUGCCAGAACCACCUUUGGCUUUCUCCUCUUGCCAUGUUCCUUAUUCAUUCACCUCCCAUCAUAAUGGAGUGGGGUAGCUUAGGCAGUAGUGCUUCUGACUACAAUGCAAAAAGCCCCACAUUUGAAACCUGGUCAUGGUCUGGAUUUUUCUGGGACAACUGUCCACUCCUAGGUUCCCCCAGACCUUAAGUGGGUGCCAGGAGGCCAAGACUACGAAUAUAAAGGUGGCAGAGAAAGGAACUGUCUUCCCUAUUCCAAAUGCUGAGGCCAAGAUAGAAUGGUGCUACCUUCCCUAUACCAAUCCUCACAACUGAGUACAGCACACCUUAAAGUUUUUUCUAUGUUUUACUCCUGUCUUAUCCCUAAGUUUUCCAUCUGUUGUCCUCAUUUCCCCAAUGUCUUGUUCAGGGAUGCACUACAUAUCCAUCUAAUCAUCCUCAUCUCCGUCCAGUUUAACCUGCAAACAUCGUCCUCUUUCACUGCCUGGGUUGUGUGAGCAAAGUGCUUACACUCCUUGCACAGGCCAUGUAUAGCUGCCCCUUGGAUCUAUAAAAAGAAAAUAAGUGGUAAUAUAUUUUUAUAAAUAUUGUGGAUGAAACUAGUGUCUUGUAUAUUUCUCUCCCUUCCUUCCUUCCUUCCCUCCUUCCUUCCUUCCAUCCUUCCUUCCUUCAAACCUUCUUCCCUCUCUCUCUCUCUCUCGCUCCCACCUUCGUGGUUAGUAUGGAAGAUGCUAAUAUACCACCAGUGGAUAAAUCUUGAGUCAAUGAAUUGUAGGCAAUGUUCUACCAUCAUAUUGAUGUGGACCUUAUUCCAUCUCUGUAUGUUCAUUACGAAAGUAACGGUACAGUGAGGAAGUGUUUGAGGAUUAUAGAUAGCUGGAGGAUGUAGUUACUGUGGAUGGAGGAAUAUUACUUAGAGGUGAAGUUUAGAAUUACCAGGCCAGCAGUCUCAUUUGGGUUGGCUGGGACAAUACACCACACUCGUACACACAUCAUUUAUACUCUUAGCCCAGUCAGCUCAUGGUGGAAGUUUAGAAUAAAUGCAUUUGAAAAGAUAGUAAUGUCAUGAAUAAAACUGGUGCUCUAAAACACAGGAAUUGAUCAAAAGGGAUAAGGUUGUAUUAAAAAGAGGACUUAUCCUUUGAUAAAACCCAUGAGAAUACUAAUCAUAGCCUAAAUAAGAACAUAAAAUUGAGAGACGUACCAUUUGCCAUUAUUAUUUAUAAAUCUGUCCAGUCUUCUCUCGAAACUAUCAAAUGUCUGUACCAACACUUGACAUUAUUUCUGUCUCAUUUUUGUCACACAUAUUCUAACUUGUUGCUUGACUAAGAGAACCUGAUUUGUAUUUCUUUAACUGUCCAGUCAUUACAUGGGGAGGAAUGAAAAGAACCUGUAGGUGUUAAUUUCUUGGAAUGAAUUCAAAAAGGAAAUUGAGUUAAGUGUGAUUUUCAUGUCAAAUGUUUUAUGAAGGGCUGAAUAUUAUAGAAGAAGGAGAGAAGAGGAUGGUGUAUGUAAUGGAUAUAGUGUGGCUAAAGAGUAACAUGUAUGGAUGGAGUGAAGAAUGUGGAAGUGUGUGGAAUUGGUGCAGCAAGAGAGUUGGGUUACAGAGCAGAAGUGGAAGUAUUGCUAGGGUUGGAGCAUGUGGUGAGAGUAGAAGUGGAGAGAUGGGUGGGGAUAACUGGAUCUAAUGUGAGAAAUCUUAAGACUAAGGGGUGGAGGAUACUAGAGUCAGAUGAGCUGCAAACCAGUCUGUUCUUGGUAAACUAACAAUGUUAUUCCCUAAAAAGUUUAUUCUGUUGUUUGUUGAAUAUGUAUAUGUUUAACUUGGCAUGCCAUGAUUUGUUUUUAUUUGUUGAGCUUGUAAUGUGUAAGUUAAACAAUCUGGGUACAUUUCUGAAGUAUCUUGAGUAAACUAAUAUAUUUGUUAAAAGUGCAGUACUUAUGUUUGUUAUACAUUUUUAUGUAAUGAACUCAAUUCCAAAAGAUCAGAGGCAUUAUAUAUAUUGAAAGAAACAAACUUCAAAGUAACUUUAAUAACACCAGUUAAUUCCUGUGAAAGAGAACAGGAUGUGCGAGAUCCAGCAAUGUGUUCCAGUUUUAUUUCAGGAAGUAUUUGUGCCAGGAACUUGUCAGACUGGCGUGAGAGAGAGGUGCAGGGCUAUAAUUAUGUACUUAUGUGUGUGGGGGUUGGAAUUGAGGAAAGUAUAAUGAAUUUUGUAUGUGGAAAGAAAGGCUUGGGGCGUGAGCUGCAAGAACUUAUUUUGCUAGUGGUAGGCAAGUGUAAGAUGUGUGAAGGUGGAGUGAGUGGCUUAACUAUAUGACUUUAAACCCAUGUUUGAAGUAGAUAACAUUCCUUGACCCCAGAGCUUCCUUAGUCCAGCCUUGGAAGACUUUGGAUUGCGACUUCCAUGUAAGAUGUAAAAAUACAUGUAAGAGUUAAAUGUAUUUUUCUUGUUGGAUUUUUAAUACUAACUUUUUUUAUGAUCAGUGAUCAAUAAAAGUUGUUGAAAGGGU